CUCCGCUGCGGGAGCGACCCCUGCAAUGGGGUUUGGCUGCACCGGCCGCCUGGGUGGUCGGUCUGUGCGCGGGUGACCCAGGCGUGCGCGCCCACCCGCGCCGCCCCAGCCCGUGGACCUCGGCGGGGAGCGCCCGGGGCCAGCACAGGGGUCUCACGGGGCGACCCCAGCAGCGCCUGUGUGGGGCCGGUGCAGAAAGAUCUUGAUUUUCACUGUUAAAAGCCUUCAGCUUUCUGAACAUGCGUGUUGUGUGAACUGUGGAGUCUCUGGCUGAGCCUGGAGGGCAGGAGGCUAGGAUACUGGGGUUUCCAGGUGGGAAGAGGCCGCCCUUGCCCAAGGGAUGCCCGCACCUCGGUGGACUGUUCAUGUUUCCUCGGAAUAGUCCUGCUUUGUGGCAGAAGAAAUGGGGCAGUUUUUGUUACAUUUAGUGCAGUGAACAAACAUCCAGUUUUUACCAGCUAUGGGAGUUCAGGGAGAAGUGAGGGCUCAGAGACCAGGGAGGGAGGGGGACAGAGAGGCCGAGUCCCAAGGCCACCCGGUGCCACCGUCUCCGGGCUUCUGGCUGCCUCACCUCCUCACUCGGGCUCUCGCCCCCCACGGACACCUUAGCUCCUCAGCACCCCUGCAGCUGGCACCUCAGAUUCUGAAUCAAUGGCUCCCAGCAUGGCCUCUCUGGUGGAGGGUGGGGUGCUAGCCCAGUCCAGCAGCGGGUUCCGGGGUCCUGGCCUGAUGGGGAGCAGGUUAACCCAGCGUCCGGACCCCACCUGUGCUCACCACGGCCUGGGGACACCACAGACGCUGGUCUUGUGGGUCUGGGGGCUGCCGGCCCAGGGACUGCGGGGUGAGGAGAGCUCAGAGGAAGGUGUGAACCACUUUGACUAGCAGGUGGAUGCCUUCCUGGAAGUCCAGGAGGAUUCCUGGGAGCAAGAGCCAGUGACCCACGAUAAGGUUCAGGCCACACACACUUCAGAGCACUCUCAGGUGACAGACACAGUGCCCCUGGGGCUGGAGAUCGGAAGUCCAGCCCACCCUGAGUGAGACAUUAAGCUUUUAUUCUCAGGUGACAGACACAGUGCCUCUGGGGCUGGAGAUAGGAAGUCCAGCCCACCCUGAGUGAGACAUUAAGCUUUUAUUCCAGUGGUUAUUCUAGUUCUUAAAAUAUCCAGCAGCCUCACAUCAUUUUGGGACUGUGAUGGGCUACAAAUAGACACGUGCACUUUUCGAUGAGGCUGUGCCCUUCAAACUUGGUUUUGUGUCUGGGUCGGGCUCUUGCUGAGCAGUGGGGUGGAGGCAGCCAGGAGUCUAAGCUCGGCCCAGUGGGGAGUGAGGGUGGUGGGGGGCUGCUUUGGAAAGGGCUGUGUCUCCCUAACCCAUGGAAGUGGGCAGAUCCGGUGAAGAAUGGCUGCCUGGGCUGUGCCACGCCGGGGACCAGCCUGCCCUUGAAUGGGAGCCCCGGCACGGCCUGCCCACGGUGAAGGACGGUGUGCUGGCCUUUAGGUGCCAUGCGUGAUGACAGUUUUUAUGCCAUCUCAAGGUCAGAACCGGUGGCAAGGUCGCAUCUGCCUGAGUGGACACCACUUGUGGCUUCAGCUGAGGAUCCGGGAGACAUGGGAGCAGCAGGUGCCCCCUGGGCCUUGCCGGGGUGCGCUUUGGUCCACACACUGGGGCCAGCUGCUUGCUGAGACACCCUUGCCCCUUGGUCCUCUCAGAAGCUGGGGAGGGGCCGUCCCUCCCAUGUCUCCAGUGCCCAUGAGGACACUGAGUGGGCAGUGAGCACCUGUACUGGGUCCGGAACUCAGCCCUCGGCCAGCUGGAAGGUGAACGUGUCAUCUGUCCCCUUCUGCACCCAAAAAUGGAUAAUGCACCAUCCUCAGGAGUGGGGGUGUCCUUGGGGGCUGUGCGCAGUCACUGGGAAGGGGGUAGCACUGACGGCUGUCCUGGACCUGCCUUUUCCUGCCCUGCGGUGUUCUGUGCAGCCCCUGGGGGCGUGGGGCCUGGCCUGCUCCUCACUAGGGAGGGGGCUGCGGGGGUUCCAGGAGGGAGAGGUGAUGCAGGUGCAGUCCCUGGGGGCGUGGGGCCUGGCAGGCUCCUACACCAUGGAGGGGGCUGCGGGGGUUCCAGGAGGGAUAGGUGAUGCGGGUGUGCAGGGCACAGAAGACCCAGGUGGACGCAGGGGACCUUGGCCCAGCCCUCAAAGGGGUGCAGCCCAACAGUGCCGUGGGUCUCAGGAGAGGGGCCGCAGGAACCCCCGGGUGGCUUCAGGGGGAUCUGGCAGGAAGCUGGACUUGUCCCAAGACUGGGUGGGGGCCCUGGGGGGUUGGGCAGGAGGGGACAGAAAGCAGUUUCUGCAGAGCAGAGCGGGUGUGCGGGCGUCCUCAGGCCAGGCUCUGCCUCCACGUCCUGGUGUCCCCCUGCCCCUCCUGGCUGAUCUGAGGCCUGUGUCUCAGCUCCUCCUGCCCCACCUUGGACUCUCAGGGCUGUGCUGCAGAAUGCUGCGUGGCCUGCGGAGGGGUCAGUGCUGCCCAGGCCAGAUGUCAGUCGUUCAGGAGCAGAGCUCACGGCAGCCGGCGGCCGGCGCCCCCUCGCCCGGAGACAGCCGUCCUCUUGCAGGGUCUGCUGUGCUGGAAGGAAGGCUGCUGUUGGAGUCUCUUAAUGGCUUUGCUCUGGUCGUGAGUGCAGAAGGGACGAUAUUUUAUGCGUCAGCAACGAUCGUGGACUAUCUGGGCUUCCAUCAGACGGAUGUAAUGCACCAGAACAUUUACGACUACAUCCACGUGGACGACCGCCAGGACUUCUGCCGGCAGCUCCACUGGGCCAUGGACCCUCCCCAGGUGGUGUUUGGGCAGCCCCCGCCCUUGGAGACAGGAGAUGACGCUAUCCUGGGGAGGCUGCUCAGGGCCCAGGAGUGGGGCGCAGGCGCACCCACCGAGUACUCGGCCUUCCUGACCCGCUGCUUCAUCUGCCGUGUGCGCUGCCUGCUGGACAGCACCUCGGGCUUCCUGACGAUGCAGUUUCAAGGAAAACUAAAAUUCCUGUUUGGACAGAAGAAGAAGGCGCCGUCAGGAGCCAUGCUCCUGCCGCGGCUGUCGCUGUUCUGCAUCGCGGCACCCGUUCUCCUCCCCUCCGCAGCGGAGAUGAAAAUGAGGAGCGCGCUUCUGAGGGCAAAACCCAGGGCAGACACCGCAGUCACCACGGAUGCAAAAGUAAAAGCCACCACCAGUCUGUGCGAAUCGGAACUGCAUGGAAAACCCAAUUACUCAGCAGGAAGGAGCAGCAGAGAGAGCGGCGUUUUGGUGCUCAGGGAACAGACUGACGCUGGCCGAUGGGCACAGGUUCCUGCCAGGGCCCCAUGCCUGUGCCUCCGGGGUGGCCCCGACCUUGUCCUCGACCCCAAGGGGGGCUCAGGGGACAGGGAGGAGGAGCAGCACAGGAUGCUGAGCAGGGCCUCUGGAGUGACAGGGCGGAGGGAGACUCCAGGACCCACAAAGCCCCUGCCCUGGACAGCAGGAAAGCACAGUGAGGAUGGUGCCAGGCCAAGGCUGCAGCCCAGCAAGAAUGACCCACCCUCCCUGCGCCCCAUGCCCCGCGGCUCCUGCCUGCCCUACCCGUGUGUCCAGGGCACUUUCAGGAACUCACCCAUCUCUCACCCGCUGAGCCCGUCCCCCAGUGCCUACUCCAGCCGGACCAGCAGACCCAUGCGGGAUGUCGGUGAGGACCAGGUGCACCCUCCCCUCUGCCACUUUCCCCAGGGGAGCCUGCAGCACCGGCUCCCUCAGCCUGGAGCUCAGCGUUUUGCCACGAGGGGCUAUCCCAUGGAGGACGUGAAGCUGCAAGGUGUACCGAUGCCUCCGGGGGACCUGUGCGGUCCGACGCUGCUGCUAGAUGUGCCCAUCAAGAUGGAGAAGGACUCUGGGUCUGAGGAUGCUGCAGACGGCUAUGUGCCCAGCCAGGUGUGGCUGGGGGCCACUGACAGGAGCCAUCCAGCCACCUUCCCUACCAGGAUGCACCUGAAAACAGAGCCAGACUCUCAGCAACAGGUGUACAUCUCGCACCUGGGGCACGGCGUGCGGGGGGCUCAGCCCCAGGGGAGGGCCACUGCUGGGCGCAGCAGGGAGCUGACCCCUUUCCACCCUGCACACUGUGCUUGCCUGGAGCCCACGCACGGCCUUCCCCAGCCGGAGCCUCCCCACCAGCUCUGUGCACGGGGCCGAGGUGAACAGUCCUGCGCCUGCAGAGCUGCUGAGGCUGCCCCUGUGGUCAAGCGGGAGCCCUUGGAUUCGCCCCACUGGGCUACUCACAGCCAGGGAGUGGUGCCUGGGAUGUUUCCCAAAAGUGCCUUGGCCACGCUGGUCCCGCCCCAAGCUUCGGAGUGCACAUUCCUGCCAUAGCGCAGUGACCACCGUCCAAGCUCAGAUCUGUCCGUCUACACUCAGAUGCGUUGGUGGCUGGGCUGCCCUGCACCUGGUCAGACCGGAGCCCGUCCUAAGACACACGCUUUGCAGAGCUGUGCAUGCGCAGUCUGCUAGUCUGUGUGUGCAGCAUACACAGUAGCCUAUCCUGAAUUCUGUAAAAUAUCCCAACAGUUCUUAAAUGAAAACUGGCCUUAAAUCUGUUCAAGCAUGACAGCAUUUCUCUUUGAGAAUUAAAAUCUUUGGGAAAGUGAUCAUGGCUGGACAGCGUCAUGCCCCGGAGGCAGCAAGUGCCCGUCCCACGGCCGCCAGGUCCACAGUCGGGGAUGAAGCAGUCGGGUGAUGCUCCCAAGUCGGCAGUCGGGGAUGAAGCGGUCGGGUGACGUACCUAGCUCAGCCCUCCCAGGCCACCUGCAGCUCCCGGCCUGUGCUGUGCAGGCAGGGUCAGCCCAUCACCACAGUGCGCUGUAGAGGCCAGCACACGGCAAAUUAGAAAUACAACUCGUGGAGAAAGGGGUCUGUGAGCCCACUCAUAGAGGAAUCUAGAAAGUUCCAGGCAGCAGAGGCUGGCAGCGUGGGUCCCACACUACCCCACACUGUGCGGCAGGUGCUCCGUGGCGCCAUGACAGAGUCUGAGGCCAGACCUGGACUGGAAAUUGACAGCAUAACCCCUGUUCCUUCUGGACAUCUCCCGAGUUCUCAGUGGGUCUCUGCGGACGGUUCUUACUAAUCUGCCUCUUGGUACAUCACGUAGUACAGAGUUCACAAUCUGCCUCUUGGUACAUCACGUAGUACAGAGUUCACAGACUCCGGGUUUGGAAGUACAGAGAAACACACAACGUAAAGACACAGGAAACUGCGCUGCCUGUGGGGGUUUCUCUCUGGCUGGCUGUACGGUUCACUCAAAUGAGGGUUCCCAUUGCCAUCCUAGGAGAAUAAUUAGGGACGAGACGGACAAGUAUUACUAGCAUUAAAACAGUUGUAAAGGCGAUAUAUUCUGAGAGUAGGAAAUUUGGAUACAAAAGCAUAAGUCAGAAAGUGAAGGUCACCAGUCCACCAACCCGAGAUAACUUACAGCUGAUGGUGCAGUGCAGGCUUCUUCCACGGUGUGGCCUGGAACUGCACCCGGCUGCUGCGGGCAUCAGAUCAGGGUGUAGAAGUCACCCCAAGCAAAAGGAAGCCAGGCAGUGAGGCCCUGGGGUGUGGCUGCAGCUGGGCCCACCUGUGCAGGGGCGAGAAGGCCCCAUCCUCAGGGACAGGGCAUCGGCGCCCUGGCGUCAGCUCCACUGGGAGUGGCAGGAGCUGUGGGAGCCCAUGGGUGAGGGACCCGCCACCCCGCCGCACCGUGCAUUCUUUCUGCCUGCCGUGUGGACGCCCUCUCUGUUGUCGGUGGCUUUGAGGUGUCAGUGCUUACUUAGACCCUGGUUUAAUGCUGGACCCAUUUGUUAAAUGCACCUUCACUUUGUCAAAACCCCGGUUUGGUUGGCAGGACUGGGUCUUCUGCCCAACGCCAGGUGCCUGCACCUCUCAGUGGCCUGGUUCUUGGACAGUUUGCCCCCACAUGGCAGGGAUAGGGAUAAGGAUCUCCUGUCAGAACUGGAAGAGAACAGCCAACCAUCUGAGCCCAGAGUCACAGAUCCAUGGUGGCCUCCUAUGACCCCCAAGCCUGCCGAGGAGGCUCUCACCCUCUGCUUAGCCAGGGGCGCCUUUCAAAAGGUGACCUCCGUGCUGUGCUGUCGUGGGUGUGAGACAUGCUCAUGGCCUUCCAGUGCCAUCUGUCCCUUAUCUGAUGCCUAAACUCAUGAUGGGGACAGAGCUACCCAGGGGCCAGCCAUGGGGUGACCAGCCACCUGAGGGUCAGUCACCUGUGGAGAGCAGGCACCUGUGAAGACCAGGCACCUGAGGACUGGCCCCUACUUCCCACUUUGGCCCUACGCUGGCACAGAGCCCCUCUUUAUUCAUUUCUCAUGCUGAGCAUGGCACACUUCUGGCCUCUGGGCAUUUACGGAUUUAAGACCAGGAUGGUAUUUCAGAAGCUUCCCACUUCCUUCCUAUUCUAACCGAGUGUCCAGCUCCUUUGCUGAUCAUAGAAAGACCCUUAAUAAUUAGGCCUGCAGGCUGGGCGCAGUGGCUCGUGCCUAUAAUCCCAGCACUUUGGGAGGCCAAGAUACGAGGAUCGCUUAACCCAGGAGUUCAAGACCAGCCUGGGCAACACAGGAAGAACAUGUCUCUACAAAAAAUAAUUAAAAAUCAGAUCUGCUGUAUCCCUGAAAAAGUCUCGAUCAACAUGCAUGUUCCACUCUUGGAGUUCCCUGUCCUGAGGGCCAGCCACGUCCUGUGUCCUGGAGCUCAGCCCUCAGCAGCUCUCUUCAGCCUGGGCGCCGCCUGGGUCCCAAACGUGGCAGCUGCUCUUCCAGUCUCAGGGCCGAGGAGGGCAGGGAGCUCAGUGACUGAGAGUCUUUUGUAUCACAGGUCUCGAGUGUCCUGGAGCCAAUGGCUGUCACUGGGAAAAACACCAGACCCCAAAGAUUGAAUCAGAGACGUGGCUGCGUGUUUGCGAUUGUAGCCAGGCCCUUCAGUGCCAUCAAAGGAGCACUGGGGUCUCCUUAAGCACAGACAGCAGCCCCUGCCCAGGAGGCUUCUUGACCACGUCCUGCCCUGCAGCCUCCCAGACCUUUAGAUGCGCCCCCGUUCAAGGCCCUCCUGGUGACAGGUGCCAGAUUGAGUGGUGGGUUGCUGCCAGGCAGGCCGUGCUGUGUUGACACUGCACUCAGCAGAUGGGUGUCGGCUCUGCCGGUUUUGUGGUGUGGGGACCCCACAGGAGGCUGCGGCCCUGAGAGCCUGGGGUCAGCGAGGUGUCCGACAUCCCUUCCUCAAUGGCAACAAAAACUCCCCAAGUCAGCACUUUUGUUAUUUUAUAGCCACAACCCUCUUGGAAACCAGUGGGGAAGACUAUGGAACAUAGAAGGUGAAUGGAUGUAUCACUUCUCUCUAAAAUGUCAUUGUUAGCACUAAUUACAGGUUCAUAUUUUUCUGUUUAUGUAGCUUUUCCCUAUAUAGCUGAAAAAGUAUUAAAGUCAAAUAUAAGGUGGGAAUGGGAUGGAAGGGAGGAGAUCAAUACAACUUAUAUUUUUGCAGUUUCUACUGGAAGAAAAAAGUUUUCAAUACCUAGACCAACUUGUUGAAUUUUUAAAACUUAUGCAUUAUAAAUGCAACUUUCUCUACUGCUUUCUCAGUGCCUUUAGGAAGCUUUCAAAUUUUUUUGUACUGUGGUUUGUAUUAAAUUUGCAAUAUUGAUGUAAAA